UUGUUUUGCAUCGACAGAUAUGGCAAGCGAGCAAACGAUAGCUACGCAAUCGAUCAUGGACGCCUCCGAGCACGGAAGUAAUACCGCGACUUCGUCCAACAACUCACCCAGUACUGGUGAUCAUACAAGAAAAUUUGGACCGCAAACGACUGCGCUGGAGAGCAUCGCAGAUGUCGAUCUCUCAGGUAAAACUAUGCUUAUCACUGGAACAACAGCAGGAAUUGGUAUGGAAACUGCUAGAGCGCUAGCGCUGAAGGGAGCUCAUGUUGUGAUGGCAAAUAGGAACAUUCUCAAGGCGGAAGAGUUGAAGAAUGGGAUAAUUGCUGAAAAACCUGGUGCCAAAAUUGAUAUGAUCAUGUGUGAUCUGACUUCGCUACAAUCAGUCCAAGCAGCGGCGAAUGAGUUUAAAAGUAAGCAGUGGCCUCUCCAUGCAUUGAUUCUCAAUGCAGGCGUGUUCUUUCCCGAACAGAAGAUGACUAUCGAUGGAUUGGAGACUACAUUUUGUGUAAAUCAUGUGUCUCACCAGUAUCUUGUCCGUGAACUCCUUCCACUUCUGCGGCAGUCACAAGGAAGAAUUGUCAUCCUUUCUUCCAGCUCUCAUAACCAUACAGGACUGAAACCAGACAUGCCUUUAGAAGAGAAGUUGACAACUCUUUGCCCAACGGAGAGCGCGCAGUUCGGCUACCGGUACUAUGCAUAUUCAAAACUUUGCAAUGUUCUUAUGGGUAUGAAGCUCCAUCGAGAUGAAAAUAAAAAUGGAAUCUCCGUGUACAUUGUUCAUCCCGGGAGGGUCAACACUGAUGCAGCUCGAAGUUUUGGUGUCUUCAUGAAAAUUGUAAAAUUCGUCACGCAUCCUUUCACAAAAUCAUUGGAGCAAGGAGCUGCUACUACCGUUUACUGCGCUGCAUCUCCAGAUGUUUCUGAUGUUAGCGGUAAAUACUGGGAGGAAUGCUGGCACGAUGAGAAAAAUCUGAGCACGCAAUUGGCUCACGACAUGGAACUCCAGGAUGCAUUGUGGAAGAAGACCAAUGAAAUAUUGGACAAGUACGAGGCCACUCGUCGGCAGUGACUUGCUGUGCAAUAGCAUCUUCACCAUUAAGAAUAUGUAAAUUUUAUAUAGGUUAUCAAAAACAUAAUAAAUGUACGAU